CCGCGGCAGGAAAGCGGCGUGGAACAAGUGAUGCGAGAUUUGCGCAUCUUCCGAAUCUUCGAGGGCACCAACGACAUCUUGCGGCUUUUCAUUGCUCUCUACGGGUUCCAGAACGCCGGGAACCAGCUUCGGGGUUUGCAACAAGCCGUCAAGAACCCCUUUGGUAAUGCUGGGUUGUUGGUCAGCGAGGCGGGGAAACGAGUCCGCAGGAGGGCUGGCUUGGGGACGGGAAUCACCUUAAAAGGUGUGGUGCACCCAAGUUUGGAGUCCAGCAGUGAGCAGGCCGUUGGAGCCAUCGAUCUCUUCGCGGGCGUGAUAGAGAAUCAACUACUUAAACAUGGAAAGAAAGUGGUUGAAGAGCAGUUUAUGCUGAAACAGAUUGCGGAUAGCGCCAUUGAUAUCUACGCCAUGGUGGUCGUUCUUUCCAGGUGAGGCCCCCCCCCCCAGA